GUACUUCCUGGAGGUGCUGACGUCAGCGCGGCUGUCGAGCGAGUGCAACGAGAUCCAGCUGCACGCGGACGGCAGCUGGUCUGCGCACACGCCGCCCCCGCGCGCCCCGCUCCCCGCCGCGCCGCUGCCGGAGCCCGUCACUCUCAUACCUGAUGACUUAGAAAUAAUACCAGUAGAGGGCACAGGAGGAGGGAAGCGGGCGGCGGUGGGGGAGGGCCGUACGCCAAAGUCCACCGAGGCCCUCGUCGAUCUCACCUCCGACUCGGAGGACGAGGUGCCGCUCAAGAGGAAGGUGCCUCAGCCCAAGCACACGCCGCCCGCCGAUAUCAAGGCUGACGACUACUCAUCUUCAAACGCGGAGGCGGUGUCAUCGAGCGGGUACCGGUCGCCGGGCGCGUGCGCGUCCGCGUGCGGCGUCAUCUCCCUCGACAGCCCCUCCCCGCCCUCAGCGCACUCCCCGCCCGCGCCCGCCGCGCACCCCCACCCCGCACACCCCGCGCACACCGCAGACACAUCGCCGCCGCAAGACUGUACAACCAACAACUCGGAUCGAGAAGGCAAUGAAUCUGCGCCUACGCAUUGGGCGCCUUACGCUGAUGCCGAGCGAGACAAUCACGAAGUUUAUAGAAGCUUUCUCACGGAUAUUCGUGCUAGACCCUCUGAUCGACCGCAUCAGGCCGAACCUAAGAAGUCGCGCCAGUCGUAUAGAGACAACCGAAGCCUGGACCGCGCGCGGCAGCCCGAUUACUGCCGCGCUCGAACGUGCCGCGCGUCUAUUGGCUACUUACAGCUUUAG